AUGAUGAUUACGCCUCCCGAAGAGACGUCAAGCACGCCGGCCAUCUCGAAGAAGCGUCUUGGAACCCAUGGAGGAACUCCUCAGAACGUCGACCGGCUGAAGAAGCCAUUCGGACUGACCUUGAGCGAUGACAAGGAGAACAAUUAUCCAACACCAUCUGCGAAGCCAUCUGUCCCACAAGGCUUGCGACUCUACACUCCUCAAUCCGUCGACCGACUCAUCAAGCCCUUCAGAUGUCCUGGAUCUGCUACUGUUACUCGAACAUCCGAGAAGCCAACGCGGAAACGAAGGAAGGUUGACUAUGGCGGAGCCGAUGGAGACAAGGAGGACGAGGAUAAAGCAUGGACGAACGAGGACCGGCUGGCUCUUGCAAACAGAGAAUCGAAUAAGUUCCCUAUAUUCCAAGUCAAGGAUAAGGAGACUAUGUUCAGGAAACGAUUUGCCGUUCCAUUGAUGAACAAGAACAUUCCAUCAUAUAACCCGAAUCGACCGCCACCCACACUUGGAUUGAGACAAGGUGCUGUGUUUAUUGCAAAGCCACUUCAUGACCCGAGUGGAGAGUUUGCAAUUGUUCUUUACGAUCCUACUAUCGACGAGAAACCCAGGACAAUCGAAGAGGCUAGGAAAGCUGAAAGCGGAGAGCCACCAAAAAUCGAUGCGCCGCUGGUACACAAGUCACUGGCAGAGAUUCUGGGGAUCAAGAAAGUCGUGGAUACCGAGAGACCAAAAGUACCUGUUGUCAUCGACCCACGACUGGCGAAGGUUCUUCGGCCCCAUCAGAUCGAAGGUGUGAAGUUCAUGUACAAGUGUGUUACGGGGAUGAUAGAAGAUAAUGCAAAUGGCUGCAUUAUGGCAGAUGAAAUGGGUCUAGGGAAGACGCUGCAAUGUAUCACGCUGAUGUGGACGCUUCUGAAGCAGUCUCCGGAUGCCGGAAAAUCCACCAUCCAGAAGGCUAUUAUCGCCUGCCCAUCAAGUCUGGUGAAGAAUUGGGCAAACGAGUUAAUAAAGUGGCUUGGUCCGGACGCCAUUCAGCCCUUUGCGAUUGAUGGCAAAGCUUCCAAAGAGGAGUUGCAACAACAGCUGCGGCAGUGGGCUAUCGCGACAGGCCGUUCCGUUACUAGGCCGGUCAUCAUCGUCUCCUAUGAAACACUUCGACUAAACGUCGAAGAACUGAAGAACACGAAGAUUGGACUAAUGCUCUGCGAUGAAGGCCAUCGAUUAAAGAAUGGCGACAGUCAAACAUUCACAGCACUGAACAGUCUCAAUGUAUCAAGAAGGGUUAUUCUGUCGGGCACUCCGAUCCAGAACGAUCUUUCCGAGUACUUCUCUCUUAUCAGUUUUGCCAAUCCUGGUCUGCUUGGAACGCGGAUGGAGUUCCGGAAGAAGUAUGAACUACCGAUUCUCAAGGGUCGUGACGCUGCUGGAAGCGACAAGGACCGAGAGAAAGGAGAUGCCACAGUUCGAGAGCUGCUGAGUGUCGUCAACAAGUUCAUCAUCAGACGUACGAAUGAUAUCCUGUCGAAGUACUUGCCAGUCAAGUAUGAGCAUGUCGUAUUCUGCAAUCUGGCUCCAUUCCAACUCGACCUAUACAACCAUUUCAUCAGCAGUCCCGACAUCAAAGCAUUGCUCCGUGGCAAAGGCAGUCAACCUCUAAAGGCUAUCGGAAUGCUCAAAAAGCUCUGCAAUCAUCCAGACCUGCUCAGCCUCCCAGAUGACUUGACGGGCUGCGAAAAAUACUUCCCAGACGACUACGUUCCAAAAGAUUCGCGAGGUAGGGACCGAGAUAUCAAGCCUUGGUAUUCCGGCAAGAUGCAAGUCUUGGACCGCAUGCUUGCUCGUAUUCAUCAAGACACCAACGAUAAAAUCGUUCUUAUUAGCAAUUACACUCAGACACUCGACAUGUUUGACAAACUCUGUCGCAAUCGCGGUUAUGGUAGUCUUCGGCUUGACGGCACAAUGAACGUGACGAAGCGGCAGAAGCUUGUUGACAGAUUCAACGAUCCAGAGGGCAACGAGUUCGUCUUUCUUUUGAGUAGUAAGGCAGGGGGAUGUGGUCUCAAUCUCAUCGGUGCCAAUCGACUGGUCCUCUUCGACCCAGAUUGGAACCCUGCUGCAGAUCAGCAAGCUCUCGCCCGAGUGUGGAGAGAUGGCCAGAAGAAGGAUUGUUUUGUGUACCGGUUCAUCGCCACUGGAACUAUAGAAGAGAAGAUCUUCCAACGCCAAUCUCACAAGCAAUCUCUAUCUUCGUGCGUUGUUGAUUCUGCCGAGGACGUGGAGCGUCAUUUCACUCUUGACAGUCUGCGGGAGCUGUUCCAAUACCACGGAAAGACGACCAGUGAUACGCAUGACACGUUUAAAUGCAAGCGAUGCAAGCCGGACGGAAAGCAGUUUCUCAAAGCCCCUGCGAUGAUGUACGGCGAUACGAGUACGUGGAACCAUUUCGUCAACGAUGGAUUGAAGUCCAUCCAAGAUCUGCUACUUAGACAAGAAUGUGGGGAUGAGGCUGUAUCGGCUGUUUUCCAGUAUAUUUCGCAUUAG